GGAGCUCCGGUCCCAGAGCAGCCACCGCGAUGAGAGGCGCUCGCCGCGCCUGGGAUUUUCUCUUCGUCCUGCAGCUCUUGCUUCGCGUCCAGACAGGCUCUUCUCAGCCAUCUGUGAGUCCAGAGGAACUGUCUCCACCAUCCAUCCAUCCAGCAAAAUCAGAGUUAAUCGUCAGUGCUGGCGAUGAGAUUAGGCUGUUCUGCACCGAUCCAGGAUCUGUCAAAUGGACUUUUGAGACCCUGGGUCAGCUGAGUGAGAAUACACACGCAGAGUGGAUCGUGGAGAAAGCAGAGGCCAUGAAUACAGGCAAUUAUACAUGCACCAAUGAAGGCGGUUUAAGCAGUUCCAUUUAUGUGUUUGUUAGAGAUCCUGAGAAGCUUUUCCUCGUCGACCCUCCCUUGUAUGGGAAGGAGGACAAUGACGCGCUGGUCCGAUGUCCUCUGACGGACCCAGAGGUGACCAAUUACUCCCUCACGGGCUGCGAGGGGAAACCCCUUCCCAAGGAUUUGACCUUCGUCGCGGACCCCAAGGCCGGCAUCACCAUCAGAAACGUGAAGCGCGAGUAUCAUCGGCUCUGUCUCCACUGCUCCGCCAACCAGGGGGGCAAGUCCGUGCUGUCGAAGAAAUUCACCCUGAAAGUGAGGGCAGCCAUCAGAGCUGUACCUGUUGUGGCUGUGUCCAAAGCAAGCUACCUUCUCAGGGAAGGGGAGGAAUUUGCCGUGAUGUGCUUGAUCAAAGACGUGUCUAGUUCCGUGGACUCCAUGUGGAUCAGGGAGAACAGCCAGACUAAAGCACAGGUGAAGAGGAAUAGCUGGCAUCAGGGUGACUUCAAUUUUCUGCGGCAGGAGCUGACAAUCAGCUCAGCAAGAGUUAAUGAUUCUGGCGUGUUCAUGUGUUACGCCAAUAAUACUUUUGGAUCUGCAAAUGUCACAACCACCUUAGAAGUAGUAGAUAAAGGAUUCAUUAAUAUCUUCCCUAUGAUGAAUACCACUGUGUUUGUAAAUGAUGGCGAGGAUGUGGAUCUAAUUGUUGAAUACGAGGCGUACCCCAAACCUGAACACCGACAGUGGAUAUAUAUGAACCGCACUGCCACUGAUAAGUGGGAGGAUUAUCCCAAGUCUGAGAAUGAAAGUAACAUCAGAUAUGUAAGUGAACUUCACUUGACCAGAUUAAAAGGGACCGAAGGAGGCACUUACACAUUUCUCGUGUCCAAUGCUGAUGUCAAUUCUUCUGUGACAUUUAAUGUUUACGUGAACACAAAACCAGAAAUCCUGACUCAUGACAGGCUCAUGAACGGCAUGCUCCAGUGUGUGGCGGCAGGCUUCCCAGAGCCCACCAUCGAUUGGUAUUUCUGUCCAGGCACCGAGCAGAGAUGUUCCGUUCCCGUUGGGCCAGUGGACGUGCAGAUCCAAAACUCAUCUGUAUCACCGUUUGGAAAACUAGUGAUUCACAGCUCCAUUGAUUACAGUGCAUUCAAACACAACGGCACAGUGGAGUGCAGGGCUUACAACGAUGUGGGCAAGAGUUCUGCCUUUUUUAACUUUGCAUUUAAAGAACAAAUCCAUGCCCACACCCUCUUCACGCCUUUGCUGAUUGGUUUUGUGAUCGCAGCGGGUAUGAUGUGUAUCAUCGUGAUGAUUCUCACCUAUAAAUAUCUACAGAAGCCCAUGUAUGAAGUACAGUGGAAGGUUGUCGAGGAGAUAAAUGGAAACAAUUAUGUCUACAUAGACCCAACGCAACUUCCUUAUGAUCACAAAUGGGAAUUUCCCAGGAACAGGCUGAGUUUUGGCAAAACCUUGGGUGCUGGCGCCUUCGGGAAAGUCGUUGAGGCCACUGCAUACGGCUUAAUUAAGUCAGAUGCGGCCAUGACCGUUGCCGUGAAGAUGCUCAAACCAAGUGCCCAUUUAACGGAACGAGAAGCCCUAAUGUCUGAACUCAAAGUCUUAAGUUACCUCGGUAAUCACAUGAAUAUUGUGAAUCUUCUCGGCGCCUGCACCAUUGGAGGGCCCACCCUGGUCAUUACAGAAUAUUGUUGCUAUGGUGAUCUCCUGAAUUUUUUGAGACGGAAACGUGAUUCGUUUAUUUGCUCAAAGCAGGAAGAUCACGCAGAAGCGGCGCUUUAUAAGAACCUUCUGCAUUCAAAGGAGUCUUCCUGCAGUGACAGUACUAACGAGUACAUGGACAUGAAACCCGGAGUGUCUUAUGUGGUACCAACCAAGGCAGACAAAAGGAGAUCUGCGAGAAUAGGCUCAUACAUAGAACGAGAUGUGACUCCUGCCAUCAUGGAAGAUGAUGAGUUGGCCCUAGACCUGGAGGACUUGCUCAGCUUUUCUUACCAAGUGGCAAAGGGCAUGGCCUUCCUCGCCUCGAAGAAUUGUAUUCACAGAGACUUGGCGGCCAGAAAUAUCCUCCUUACUCAUGGUCGAAUCACAAAGAUUUGUGAUUUUGGUCUAGCCAGAGACAUCAAGAAUGAUUCUAAUUACGUGGUCAAAGGAAACGCUCGGCUACCCGUGAAGUGGAUGGCACCCGAGAGCAUUUUCAACUGUGUCUACACAUUUGAAAGCGAUGUCUGGUCCUAUGGGAUUUUUCUGUGGGAGCUCUUCUCUUUAGGGAGCAGCCCCUACCCCGGAAUGCCAGUUGAUUCUAAAUUCUACAAGAUGAUCAAGGAGGGUUUCCGAAUGCUCAGCCCUGAGCAUGCACCUGUGGAAAUGUAUGACAUCAUGAAGACUUGCUGGGAUGCGGAUCCCCUCAAAAGACCAACGUUUAAGCAGAUCGUGCAGCUGAUUGAGAAGCAGAUUUCGGAGAGCACCAAUCACAUUUAUUCCAACUUAGCGAACUGCAGCCCCCACCGGGAGAACCCCGCGGUGGAUCAUUCUGUGCGGAUCAACUCCGUGGGCAGCAGUGCCUCCUCCACGCAGCCGCUGCUUGUCCACGAAGACGUCUGAAGCAGAAUGGGUGUCCGGGGUGGGGGGUGGGGGGGCUCCCCCACAGCACCGACCGACUGCCAUUCUUUUUGGUUUUCAUAAUGGUUAUUUUGUUUCCCUUCAACUUGCAUCCUACUCCAGGGUAGUGGAUGCUCCGCUGUAAUCCUCUUUACGAGCACACUUUAGUGGCCAAUGAUUUCUGUCAUCAGCUGCCAUUGAGCUGUAUAUGUUCCCAAUAGCACGCUAGCCCCCAUUAACGGAGAGCAUUCAGACUUAGGGAAGAGGAGGGUAGGACGGGCUGGACACCCCAGGUCCUUGACAAGUCUUCUCCAGUUUCUGUCCAAUAAGUGUUGUAAUGGUUUAUUUGAGCACCUGGCUGUCGUCACCUCCGGUCCUUGUCAUCAUCUGUAACAAUAUGAUGAUGAUGAUGAUGCCAGAACCUAAUCCCUUGAUGUGGAAAAUAGGAUGUUAAUCAAACAAAGGGCAGAAAGAAGCCUGUGACUAUCUGGGCUCGAGAAGUCAAGUAUUUCAUGCUGGGAGUAAGACGUAAGCCAUGGAAAAAUGCUCUCCGGGCAUGAAUAAGGCUGCUGGCCAUGAGCCUUUUUACUCCUGACCUGGUUUCUAAGUAGUUUGUUAUUAGGGAGCUGGAUCGGAGGGAAGGCUUCUGCCUGCAUUUUGUAUAUACUCAUCUAUAAAUUGUUCAUGUUCACAUAUUUGAGGGGGGAAAACCCGCAAGGUGUAGUUUCUGGAUACAAUCCUGGCUCGAGUCUGCUGCGUGUAGAAAUAGCUGAAGAG